AUGAGUGUGUACUGGUGGGUCGAACUAAAUAAGGAGGUAAGACAGGAAGAAGAGCAGAAGCAGAAAUGGCAGAAGGAGCUAAGAAAGUGGAAAAAGCCAAAGAAACUAACGAAGGAUAAGAAGCCAAAGAAGUCUGAGAAGCCUGAGAAGCUGAUAAAUCUGAUAAAGCAGAAAAAGCUGACAAAGCAGAAGAAGCCAGAGAAACAAGAAGUAGCAGGAAGAAGCAGAUGUAUAAGAAGCAGAAAAAGUGGAAGGAGCAGUGGAAGCAGAAAGGGUGGGAAAUAUGAAUUGGGUCUUUGUUAG